AGCGAAAGCGGCGGCGAGGGCUGCGGGACGUUCCCGGCGCCCCCGAGGAGGCCCUUCCCGACCGAGGGCGCGAUGCUGCUCCGCCUGCGCGCCCGCUUCGACCCGCGGAGGGACGCGGCGCCCUGGCUGGCGGGGCAGCCUCUGGCCGCGGACGCGGACGCCUUUCUGGAGAGUUUAGAAACACUGUACGUGGUAAAUGUUGAAAGAAAUGGAAAUAUUAUUUAUACCUGGAAGGGAACUAGGGGACACACUUGUAUUGGACUAUAUGAUCCCAACAGUCAAACAAAUGAGCAUCUGUAUACUUUUGAAAAAGAUCUGCAUGUGAUCAGCUGUUCAGUCAACAAUGAAAAAACAUUGCUAGCUGUCAGCUUUCUUCAGUCAACAAAAGAAGUAACAGCAAAUCUCUUGUUUCAACCAGUGUCGAAAUGUCUGACCUUGCUCAUUGAAAUUUGCCCAAUUAAUAACGUGAAAGUUUUAAAAGCUGUGGAUAACUGCAUCAGAGUGCAAUUUCUAUAUCCAGUUGCAGAAACACAGACUUUCCCAGAGAGUUGUCUCUUACUCAUUUCAGAAGAUAAAUAUGUUGAAAAAUUUGACAUCAGAAUUGUCAAAGAAGGACACACAGCAGUGAUUGAAAAUUCUAGUCACCUCCCGAAAGAGAAAAUUGCUGAUGAUUUCCUUUGGAUUCAGUGGGAUACACUGGAGCAAAGAUUAUUCUACGUUGUACGAAAGGGAUCAAGGGACAUAUUAAACUGUGUCCAGUUUUAUCCUGAUAAAAGCUUUACAUUAAUACUUGAAGUACCUUUGGAGAUCUCCCUGCCUGACAUAGGAUUCAAGCUUUUGAACUUGAAAUGUGACUAUUAUCAAGGGCAAGAGGUGGAACCUCAACCUUUGAAUCUACACGUUUUUACUAAUGAAAGAGGAAGCUUUUGCAUAUGUUACUGUAUUGCUCCCGUUAAACCUGGAGAUGUGACUUACUCUGCGUUCUUCUUACACAAAGGUUAUAGUAAAACAUACACUGUUGCUUUGGAAAGAACAGAUUUUUUGCAAGUGAAAGAUCUAACUUUCUUGAAUCUUGAUUAUUAUGUGGCUGUUUUCUUGCCUGGACACUUUCUGCACCUUCUUAACACUCAGCAUCCCGACCUGAUGUGCUGUAACUUCUUUCUGACGGGCGAAGAUGCAAAAAUUAACGGAUUGCACAAGAGCGCUAUUGUUUCCCCUCUCAAAUCAAUGGUCUUGGAUCUCGGCACAGGACAACUAUUUGCUCUUGAAAUAAGCAAGCAAGGCUUGCUACAGUUCCUGUGGAACAGCAAGAGGGACAGCGACAGAUUGGCCACCCUACACUGUCUGCUGCUGUACAUCGGCAACACAACAGAGUUGGAAACUGAGAUUAUUAAGUGGAUUUCUGAGAACAUGUCAACUUGUUUUACGUUCGACCCCGUACAGGAAUUUAUUAUUGCUUCUUUGUAUUGGAGAAUGUGUCCAGAGGCUGUCAACCUGGAUAAACUUCUGCCAUACACGUCGCUGGGUUGCUGGAAUGAGCCCAUUCCUGGAAUAACAUGCACAACUCACAUUAUCUCAUUACCAGUACUGAAGGCGCAGAAUUGUAAAGGCUUCUGGGAGAAGCUGAUUUCAAGCCUGGAAUACGUGAAGUAUGCUGGGCCACCCUUGCGUUUCAACAGCAAGGUGCUGCAGAGGGAAUUAGAGAAACUGCAUUUGGACCAGACAGAUGAAGGGAAGAGACUCACAAUGUAUUUUACAACUAUCUUUGAAUAUGCAAAAAAGGUGCUUUCCAACUUGAACACACGGAGCUCAGAAGAAAGACUAGUUCCUUUCUUUCAAGAUGAAGAUUACCAGCAACAGUUGCAAACAGGACUGAUGGCGGCACAGUUGAAAGAUCAUCUCAUGAGACACCUACAAUAUGUUGGGAAAAAGAGGAUUGAACAGAUAGCUGUGGAUUAUGUUUCUAAACUGCUGGGUCUAAUGUGUCGGAUAAUGGAAAACGUUUGGAGGAAAUACAAUCUUGACUCAUGGGUCUUUUAUCUUGGACAGCAAGGUGGUUCGAAUGAGGCUCUUGUGUUCCACUUGAUGUGUCGAAUGCUGCAGGCUGCAAACGAGAUGUGUCUGCCUCUGCCUCCUGGGUUUCACACUCUGCAUACAAGACUGGGGGUGCGAUGUCUCCCCUUGUACACACUCCUGCACUACAUUGAUCAGGGAGUGCUGCAUCUGACAGAGUUGUGUGUUCUGAAUCUCUUGAAAGAACUGGACAAUACUGAAAAGAACGAAAAGCUGAAACUUGGUAUCCUCGCAAGACUUCCUGAGGCAAUUGGCCACAAGGUUGCUCAGCUUCCCAGUCAUCCUCUCGGCUCCAGCACUAUCGUGCAGACCUAUAUCAAACUCUUGCUUGAGAAGCUCGGGAACAAACGGCCCAGUACAUCACUAGUGGAUAGAUCACCAGCCCAGAUUGAGUUUCUGCCUCUCAACUACUUGGUUACCAUGUUGGCAGAAGUGGAUCAUCAAGUGGUCUUUCUCAGGCUGGGCGGCUUCCGUGGAACGAGGGACUGUGAAUUUGAGACUUGUCGAAGAGGCGGCACUGAAGCAUACGGCCAUGCUCUUGGGCCUUUAGUACUGCGGUCCGAGGACGAAUGGGCUACUUCAAGCAACAUCUCAGCCUCGCCACAUGCAGCCACAAGUACACACGCCGAAAGACCCCCGCUCUCAAGACAGAAGAACUGCUGGUUGUAGGGAAAGCGGUAUGGAAUUGUAAAGACCUUGAUUUUCAGAGGUGGUAAUGGAAAGCACUGUUGAUUGAUGGGAGCUCACUAUAACCAUUUUUGUUUACACUUUUAAUGAAUAGGAUAUAUUGAAAAAUUUGUACCAAAACGGAGCCCGGUGGGGUACUUACAGACAAGUUCCAAACCACAAUCAAUUGGUCUGCUACAGUAUGCAUUCUACUGCAGUUCAUGCAUGCAAGAAACUGAGAUUGUAGGCAGAGAUCCACUUAAGUAACUGUAGUGAGAAUCCUGCAUUGUAAAUGAAAAAUCUUUGUAAAAUAAUGAUAGCAGUCGUAUAAUUUUGGACCUAAAUAUUAGUGUCUUUUGCAUUUUCUAACCAGAAAGGGACAUUUUAAGAUGUCUUCAUCUGUUUUGUAAUUCUGCAUGGGUGCUGCAAGAGAGCUAAUCGUCUUUGGGAACAUUCCUUCUAAGCCACUAAAAUAAUCUCCUGUUUUGUUAACUUGGUCUGGAUUGUGGAAGUUAAACACUUCAGAAUCCUAUUGAUAAAGGUCUGUAAGAGAGAAGUGGCGGGGGGCAUUCACAUGACUUUUUGAAUUAAUGGGACUUAGAAAUUGUUAACUUUAACGAGAUCAUACCCACUGUUUCUAGAGUGUAUCCGCUUGAAGGGAAGUUACUGUUUUAAAGCUGCUCUAUGCCUUCCCUUUGGAUUAUUUCCCAACCACAUUUAUGAAGCAUGGGGCUUCCCUAUUUGUUUUCUUAGCUGUGAUCUGUGACAGCAAUAGAAAAGAUGUACUCUGGCUUCCAGCAGGGAUAAUUUUUUGUUUCCUGCAUGCUGGCAUGCCAUUAAACUGAUGUAAUUGCAGCUAGAAUAAUGGUUGUACAAGUGCUUGACUUACAACACAUUUUAAAAGGAACUAAGUCAAAGGCUGGUAUCCUGAGUUCUGUACACUUGAGCCCUGUUCAUUUGAGUAAGACUUUAGCCCGAGAAACUGUGUAGGAUUGCAGUAACAAUCCGUUAGAUAUCUCUCACUACAGCGCCGUAUCAAAUAGGAAAUUGUAUAUCAGAGAGGUUAAGAGUUUUUGAACUGCAAAUGUAAAUAUACUCAUGGAAGAUCUCUUUGCUUUCCUUUCCCUCCCAGAAGCCCUCUAUGGCCCCUGAAAAUCAGGGCCAACUGGGAAUUGGGCAAAAUGGGCAGCUUUGUGGGCAAAAUGGUGUUGAGCGUGAAACACUGGGAGGCAGAACUGGGUGAAAUUACUACAACCUUCAAUUUCCAGUUGCACAACAAACUGCCGAUGGAGAUGAGCGAGAGGAAAGUGAUUACUCCCAGUUCUUCCCCUUUGCUGUAGAUUCACUUGUGCCCCAUCUCCAGAUACCCUGUAGCAUUUUGUUAGCUCUCCGGACCCUAGUAUCAUUUAUUCUGGGGAGGGGGUAACAGUGAGUGGUCCAGAAAGAUCAGCAUUUGCCUCAUUCACAGGGUCCACCCCAACUGAACCUUUUUUGGAAUUCAUGUUCUAGAAAUGGGCGCCUGUUAAAAUGUUUGCAUUUCUAGCUGCAGGAGCAGGCCUUUGCAAGACCUUCCCUCGCUCGCUCCUGCCACACAGCUAUUAAACAUACCAGAACACUUCUGAAUGGAAGAGAUUUAUUAUUGUCUAAAUAAGCAGAACCGCCUGAUCAUUCUUCAGAGUUCCCCUUUAUUUGUGCAAUGAAAGAGAUCUUGGUUUAUCUGUUUAUAACACAAGAGAUUUAUAAUAUAAAAAGAUGAUAUAAAUGUUAGAGGGCAGCUAUUAAACAAGUUGGGUUAUCAUACAAUCAGGAGAACAACUGGUCAGGCUACUAAAUGCAUAAAAGGAAGUGCAGGUAGCUACUCAUCAAUACUGUAUUUUAAAAUUUAUUACUAUUUUUGCUGACAUAUUUAAUAAACAUUUUUAAAAGCUUG